UAGUUCUAAACCUCGUCUGAACAUUAUUUUUUUUCUCUCCUUUUUAAAAAAAAAUCUAUAAAUAAAUAGUAUUAGUUCUUUUUCACCGAAGAUAUUAAUUUUUUGGUAUUUCAUAUUCUGCUAGGAUCUGGAGGAAGAGUACUCCCAACAUUUUGGGUCGCAGUGUUCCUCUCAGUUAGACCAUAUGGAAACUGGUAGUUUUACAAAUGAUGCUUCUGACAGCGAUUUUGAGAUUGAAAGAGAUGGCAGUGUGAUCGAGGAUGUGAUUGAGGCUAGAGCGAGGGCAAUGAGUGCAGAUGAGGGCAGCGAGGAUGACAGUGAUGAGAAUGACGAGAAUGACGAGGACAGGGAGCAGGUGCGUAGGUUUAUCAGGACGGGUUGUGGAUGUUCAAAAAUGUGUCACAAGAACUUUUCAUUUCAAGAGAUUUAUAUGCAUAGAUUACAUGUAAAGGAAAUGGACAAUGAGUCUAAGGAUAUGUAUGUAAUGGGGGUUGUCAACAAAGAGUGUGUAUUUCCAUCUGAUAAAACAAAACGUGGCAGAGAGAGAAAGCGUGCACCGGCUAAAGACCUUUACUUCAAAGGAACUAAGGUAUGCAGGAAAGCAUUUCUGGUAUGUUUCGCUAUUGGCAAGAAAUACCUGAACACAAUCAGUUCCCAUGUGAAAACCAAAGGGGUAAUUCCACGUAUGCAUGGAAACACGGGAAGAAAGGCACAUAAUGCUUUUAGCUACAAUGAUGUCAAGCGCGUUGUUGAAUACAUAAAAAACUUUGCUGAUGAAAAAGGAUUGCCCCAGCCAGCUGCUCCGAGGGGACGGGACAAUAUACCUCCUAUAUUUCUGCCAUCUGACACUACCAAGAAAGAAAUGCAUGAAGAGUAUGUUUCAUUGUGUAGAAGUUCUAGUUCAGGAUUUAAGGCCGUUUCUCUGACUUUGUUCAAAAACAUUUGGUCAAACUGUGUACCACACAUACGUAUAGCGGGACCGAGAGAGGAUGUGUGUGCUCGUUGCGAAAAGUUGAGACAGCGCGUGAUGGAUGCCAGAACCGAGCCUGAGAAAUUAGAGGCAACAACAGAACUGCGAGACCACAUACUGGUGGCUCAAAACGAGAGAGAGUUAUACAACGAGUGCAUUAAGAAGUGUAAAGAGGACCCGGACUACACGCACUACACUUUUGACUUUAGUCAGAAUGUUGCACUACCGCACAGAUCUAGACAGAUUGGUCCACUCUUCUUUCUCACUUUAAGGAAGGUCCAACUUUUCGGUUUCCGCAUAGAUGGCAUUCCCAGACAGCUAAACUUUCUUAUAGAUGAAGAUCAGACAAUUGGUUCCGACGGGAAAAACACACAUGGCCCAAAUGCAGUACUAUCUAUGCUGGACUGGGCUCUACAAACUUACGGAAGCAACAAGCCCCGGUUCUCGAUCCACUCUGAUAAUUGUCCAGGACAAAACAAAAAUAAGUACACCAUGGGUUAUUUCAUGUGGAGGGUCAUGACUGCUCAGAGUACAGGGAUCGAGUUCCUCAUGCAAACACCUGGGCAUGCACGCUGUCACGUGGAUGCCGGAUUUGCCAGCGUCAAAAAGUUGUUUCGGCGAAGCGACUGUGAGACUCUUGGCCAGUUAGAGGACAUUGUAAACAAGUCGUCAAUGGCAAAUCUUGCAGUUAGAUAUCCUCAGUGGAGCUGGCGCAAUUGGAAACAGUUCCUUGAUGGAGUGUUCAAACCCAUGAAAAAUAUAAGGAAAUACCAAUACUUUCGCUUCUCAAGUGAGGAACCAGGCACUGUAACCGUUCGUACUGUUCGCGAUGCUCCUGAGCAGAAGGUCAAUAUCCUGAAGACACCUGGGUUCAGAUUUGUGUCGUCUGCUCGACCAGAAAGUAUUGCAGCUGGAGGUCUGUCACAGUAACGCCAUCGUUACCUGCUCAACAGUGUCCGUCCUUAUGUCAGACAAGAUUUCCAGGAUGUGUUUUUGUGCACCCCAGUACUUGUAAAAGAAACACGUGUUGACCAGGACAGUCGUUCAUUGGUCCUUAUAAUUUAUGUAUUGAAAGCAGUUGACAGACUAUUUGAGACAAAAUCAAGGGAUUACAUGUUAUUUGUUAUGUUAAUCACACACUUCCAAUAUUUUAGAUAUUAAAUAUCAUGGUCAUAAUAUUCAAGUUUUGUUUAUUUUUGCGCUCUAACAUAAUAUAUGCAGUUCUUUAAAACAGUUCUUCGGAGACGUCAUGUAACGCAUUUUUGACGUCAUUUAUACCUUUUUCUACAUUGAACACCAUGUUACUCUACUUAGUGUGGUAUCUUGACCAGAUUUCAUAAAUGCAUAAUUUUGGUACCAAAAGAAAGGGUAAAGAGUGAUACAUUCGAUGAAUGAAAAAUCCAAAAAUCGAAAAUUUUGC